CUAGAGAACAAGUCCUUGAGCUCCCAGUUGUUGCCAUGGAGAUAACAGUAGUGAUAGUAGGAGCUGGCCCUUCAGGCCUUGCAACUGCAGCUUGCUUGACCCGCCAUUCCAUCCCCUAUGUUAUCCUUGAAAGGGAAGAUUGCUAUGCUUCUCUUUGGAAAAAAAGAACCUAUGACCGAUGUGGUCUCCAUUUGGCUAAGGAAUUUUGUUCCCUGCCGUUUAUGCCACACCCACCCAAAACCCCAACAUUUCUUCCUAAAGAUGCUUUUCUUCACUACAUAGACGAUUAUGUCUCCCAUUUUAACAUCUGUCCUCGUUAUUUCCGCUCCGUUCAGUCGGCUUUGUAUGACAAAGUUGGGAGGAAAUGGAGGGUUGAAGCUAAGAACUCCAUUGCAGGGAAGGUGGAGGUUUAUGUUGCUGAAUUCUUAGUCAUUGCCUCGGGAGAGAACAGUGAGGGUUUCAUUCCUGAUCUGCCUGGGUUGGACAGCUAUAGGGGAGAGAUAGUACAUUCCAACCACUACAGAUCGGGUUUGAAAUAUCAAAACAAGGAUGUUUUGGUUGUUGGAUGUGGAAAUUCUGGGAUGGAGAUUGCUUAUGACCUCUCCAUCUUCGAAGCCAAACCCUACAUUGUUGUUAGAAGUCCGUUUCAUGUGCUCACCAAAGAGUCGGUUGCUCGAGGAAUGUCCUUACUGAAAUAUCUCCCAGUUUAUGUGGUGGAUGCUCUGGUCAUAAUGCAUGCUAAUUUCAUAUAUGGAGAUCUAUCCAAAUUUGGGAUUCAUCGACCAAAAAUAGGCCCCUUCACUCAGAAAGCUAUAACAGGAAGAUCUCCAGUCAUCGACGUUGGGACUAUCAAAAAGAUCCAAGGUGGAGAGAUACAGAUUGUCCCAGAGAUAUCGAGUAUUAAGAAAGACAAAGUGGUUUUCAACGAUGGCACUGAGAGAAAGUUUGAUACAAUUGUCUUCGCCACUGGUUAUCGAAGCUCAGCUAAUCACUGGCUGAAGGAUUACAAAUAUGCUCUUAAUGAUGAAGGAAUGCCAAAAAAUAGUUUCCCAUGUCACUGGAAGGGAGAGAAUGGCCUGUAUUGUGCUGGAUUGUCAAAGAGAGGGCUCUAUGGGAUUGCGAUGGAUGCACAGGCCAUAGCCAAUGAUGUUGAAAAGGUUUUAAGCGCCAGAAAAUAGAAGCAUUGGAGAACCUUUGAACUUUUGUGUACUUGUUUAAUAUAAAUAAGUUGGUGUUGGUUGUCGAAAUUAUGUUAGUGUGGUCUAUUAUAUAUAUUGUCGGACGUACGUCUAAGUGGUACUAUGUAUAUAUUAUGUUAAACCUAAAUAACGUGUGUAAAAGUUUUAUGGUUUAAUAAAUAGAUGGCAGCUCUCCCCCGCCU